CAUUUCCGGACUUUCCGGACGCUCAUUUUGCCUCGUAGCGCUUGGUUCCGAGCCAUGGCAACACCAUUUCAGCUCCGAAAGAUGUUCGGUCUGACCAUGCUCAUAUUGGCCAUGCGCCUCACGGCAGGGAACUCCAACAUCAACAGUUGCGAGCCUGAUAGUGCCAGUUUGCUGCAGCGAAGCAAGGUAGCUGCAUCCCUCGCACCAGUCAAGCCAGCCUAUCGCAGUGACCAAACGUGCAGUAUUGUGAGGUCUAGGCGAUUGAAACUCCACAAGAUUUGUCCGAGGCUGACGAGGCUGGGCAAAUAUCGUGGGCGCAGAUCACGCCGAUUCGCUCGCUUGUGCGAGUUAUGGGCACAAUGCGCCACCUCCACAACCACCGCCAGCACCACCCCCAGCACUGGCGCUGCCACCACCGCCAUCACCAGCACCAGCACCAGCGCUGCCACCACCAACACCACCACCAGCGCUGCCAUCACCACCGCCAUCACGACCGCCAUCACCACCGCCAUCACCACUGCCACCACCACAGCCAUCACCACCAGCGCCAGCGCUAGCACCAGCGUCACAACAGCGUUGCCAUGCAACUUGGCAACUAUACCACAAGUCAUUGGAGGUGAGCUGAGUGCUUGUGCGAAUCUGACGUCUGGCGACGUCUGCGAAGUGAGUUGCACCGGGGUCUUCACAGGGGAUCCCAGCACCUUUACUUGCAAUGAAGCCGGUAGGUUCGUAGGGUCGCCUCCGACAUGUCAGCGUUCUCAAUGUUCACUACCUGCAGCUCUAGCUGACCCUGGCUUGCAACAUGACUGCGAUGAUGUGUUCUUUGGUUCAACUUGUUUAGUCGCCUGUGCUGACGGCUACCAUGGGACCCCAUCAGUGUGGAACUGCACCGGCGUUUUACGUGGUGCGGUUCCGGACUGCGCAGCAAACAAUUGCACCGAGAACUUGCCCGCUGGCUUUGGCAUCGAUGCGACUGCGUGUGAAAACGUUACAGUUGGUGGCUCCUGCUUCGCAACAUGUCUCUCAGGCCUAGAAGCAUCAGGAUCAACAGAGGCGACCUGCGCAACUACCGGCGCCUUCACCAACAUCUCUCUGCAAUGCAGCUUACCCAGCUGUGGCAACCUGAGCACUUUGUUUGCUUUCGCGCAGCAGCACGUUACGCAUGACUGCGCUGGACGGAAGCAGGGUGACCGAUGUGCUGCUGAAUGCAGCCCAGGCUAUUCCGCUGGUCCAGUAGCCCUAGUUUGCAACGUUGGGCCAACUACGAGUGAGUCAGAAGGUUACGCAGUCGUGGAUAGCUCCGGACAUUUGAUUCCUGCGAACCUUUCCGGAGCGCCAAAGUGUGUGGAAGAGGCAGUCAAUUGCACAUAUUUGCCGAAUCUGCUUGGUGCCAUUCACAACUGCAGCGGGAUAACUGCUGGUGAGACAUGUGUUGUUACUGCCGAUGAGGGUUUCAUUGGAGAGAGCGCAACCUUGACAUGUGGGGCCAGCGCCGAGCUCUUGGGCGACAUGCCUGAGUUCCAGCCCAUUGUUUGCCCGGAUCUUGUGGCUCCUGGAGUCGUCACCAACUGUGCUAAUGUCACGUUUGGCGCGACGUGCUCUUCAAUGUGCACUCUGCCAAGCAACUUCACGGCAGAGAACUCUACAGAAAUCACUUCCGGGAAUUCUACAGUCGUAGUUUUCCUAGGUGACUUCUUCGUGGUCGAGGAGAGGAAAUGUGUGCUGCUGGACGGAGAACCGCUGCUUCAGCUCCAGACAGCGGCUCUUGAGUGCAGCUCCUCCACGGCUUCGCCGACGGCUUCGCCGACGGCUUCGCCGACGGCUUCGGAUGCGAUGUUGGAAGUUCAGGUGUCGAACGUGGCGGGGUAUUGCUACCCUCCGGACCAGGAUCCGGCCAUCAAGGAGUUUCUCGGGGAGCGAAACUGGGACCUAACAACUUGCCCAGGAGAUCCAGCCUUUCAAGGCCUAUAUCCAUGGGAUAGAUUUCUGAAUGGUGGUAUUGAGUGCGCCUUUCCUUGCAAGCCCGGUUAUACGUCCAGUGUUUCUCCGCCUCGUCUAAAGUGCGGGACCAGGUUGAGCAAGAAUCCUAAUCUUUGGAUUGAGGCGUAUUGGCAGGUGAUCUGGGACAAGGUAGGCGAGUGCGUUCCAAACGUUUGUACCUAUGGGCAGCCAUCAGGCUUGGGCAUUACGCAGUAUUUACCGUCUCCAUGUGACCGCGCUAUGAGAACUGGUGAGACGUGCGAAGUCGUGUGCAGAGAUGAUUUUACAUACUUGUCCGGUUUCAGCCUUCAUUACUGUGACGCCAGUGGAAUGAUCAAGCCUGCCUUUCAGGCCAGCUUGCAGUGCUUUCCGAAACCCUGCAACAUUGUGACCAGCCCCCCUUUGGAUGCUGACUUGUAUUAUUUGCAAAGCAACUGCGUGAAUCCGAUACCCGGCUGGAACUCCUGUGGGAUCUACUGCCUUGGAGCUGGAGGUGUUGGUGCCAUGAAGUGCGAGAGACCGCUCUAUCCAAGCGACACCGCUUCAGGCCUCAGCGUGGUUUGGCCAGCUCCGCCGUGCCAGCCGCCAACUUGUGCUCCUCCUCCUUUCGCUGGGAAACUUGAGAGUUCCAUAUUCCGGCCCCUUUGCGGGGCAUUUGACCCUAGCAACAUGAACGUUGGAGAAAGCUGCGCCAUUGGUUGUUCGUCCUGGUACACAGGAGCGGAUUCUGUUCUGUCUUGCGGCCGCAACCUUUACGUCACUGGAGCUUUGCCAAACUGUCAGAUCCUACGCUGCAGCCUGCCAGUUUCUUUGAAUGAUGCCAGCGUGACACAUGAUUGUUUAGGAGUGCCGCUUUGGGGAGAUUGCAGUGCGAGCUGCACGGCAAACUACGUGAGGAGCACAACAAGAUGGUAUUGCCGUUCGCAAGGAACUGGCGCUGGUGGCAAAGAGAUUCCGAUUCUGUUGGGUUCCAUGCCAACUUGCGAACCUCUGGCCUGCGUCUAUGGAUUGCCCGCCCUUCCGAACAACUGUGCCAACGUUCGCUUUGGCAGUUCCUGUACAGUUUCAUGUCAGGCUGGCUACAUCGGACAAGCAACACAGUGGAGCUGUGGCAGUCAACAAAUCUUCCGAGGUUCGAUGCCCAGCUGCGUUCAAGGUUCAACAAACCUCUACGGGGUGAUGCAGCCGCAGUCCUCCCUUGUCAUGCCGUUGCUAGCCACAAUGACUUUUACGGGCGCUUUCACCUACGAAGCUUGGGUUAGAAGCCCUUUGACUGCAACCGCGACUCGCUUGGAAAUCUUCGGCGGUCUGUCUCAGGGCUUCUAUCUCAUCAAUGAAGGAUUUUCUACCUGCUCGGGUGGACAUGGCCUUGGAGAUGGUGUGCCUACUUCAUGGAGCCUGCAUGUUGGCUUCUCUAAUGUCUUCAGCGAUGUUUGCCUUCGCCGUGACACCUGGUACCAUCUGGCUGCAACUAGAGAUGCCAGCAACACAUUGACGUUGUUUGUCAGUGGCCAGGGAACAAGUGGCGCAACAGGCGCUCAACUCCUUCUCUCAACCUCCUUUGGUGGAGGCUUCGUCGGAGGUGAAAUGUUCAACGCUCGCAUUUGGCACGUGGCACGCUCUGCAGCGCAGAUCUCCCAGAACGCGUUGGUCACAUCCGAGCUCUCGCUCGACACUACCUCAGGAUUGCUGGCAUGGUGGCCACUGACGCUGGACUUGCUUGGGCUGAGCUCAACACCUGCUGCUCUCGAACCAACGGGUGCUGCCCCAACCUUUGCCACUGCAACCGAGGCAGAGCUGACCGAGAGCUGGCUGAUCUACGAGGAGAGUUACGGGGUGAUGCAGCUGCAGUCCUCCCUUGUCAUGCCGUUGCUGGCCACAAUGACUUUUACGGGCGCUUUCACCUACGAAGCUUGGGUUAGAAGCCCUUUGACUGCAACCGCGACUCGCUUGGAAAUCUUCGGCGGUCUGUCUCAGGGCUUCUAUCUCAUCAAUGAAGGAUUUUCUACCUGCUCGGGUGGACAUGGCCUUGGAGAUGGUGUGCCUACUUCAUGGAGCCUGCAUGUUGGCUUCUCUAAUGUCUUCAGCGAUGUUUGCCUUCGCCGUGACACCUGGUACCAUCUGGCUGCAACUAGAGAUGCCAGCAACACAUUGACGUUGUUUGUCAGUGGCCAGGGAACAAGUGGCGCAACAGGCGCUCAACUCCUUCUCUCAACCUCCUUUGGUGGAGGCUUCGUCGGAGGUGAAAUGUUCAACGCUCGCAUUUGGCACGUGGCACGCUCUGCAGCGCAGAUCUCCCAGAACGCGUUGGUCACAUCCGAGCUCUCGCUCGACACUACCUCAGGAUUGCUGGCAUGGUGGCCACUGACGCUGGACUUGCUUGGGCUGAGCUCAACACCUGCUGCUCUCGAACCAACGGGUGCUGCCCCAACCUUUGCCACUGCAACCGAGGCAGAGCUGACCGAGAGUUUUAUAUGAUUUUCAAUGUCCGUGCUUCUGCUUGGUGCGGUGUGCGUGGUGCUUUUCAAUGAGGACAGAGAAUGACUUUGGGCUGUGCCUGAGACAAAAUCUGAUUUGCCGGAGCCAACAGGUGAGGCGAAUCUUCUCUGACCCCCUCUAGUGCGGGCAUUGAAUGGCCAGUCAGUAGUCAGCUCACAGC